UGUUAUGAAAUCAGAGCUGUAGGUGCCCUCGGACUACACAACGUCUGGAAGCUGGGCCACCACAGUUGUCAACGAUGCUCCGUGUCACCACCGCCUCCCUGUGCACCUACUGCCAGAGGAUGAGGUUCCUGCUGCCUCCCUCUGCCUCCACCUCCACAGUGACUUCUCCCAACAAAAGGCUGGAGAACCAGCACACGGUGGACUCCCUCUACAAACUGUCGGUGGACAUCCGAAAGGUACGCAAGUUAAAGGGCUGGAUUCUGCUCGAGAGCUCUGCGUAUGUGUCUGAAACUGCUGACCUGCUGAGGGACAUGGGUGCAGACACGCCGGUAAUCGCCCGCAUCCUGGAGACUCACCCUGAAGCUGUCCUGUGUCGGCCGGAGGACGUGGCCGCCCAGCGAGACCUUUGGGUGUCUGUGUGCCCCAACAAGCGUGACUUGAUGAGCAUCAUUGAGAAGUUUCCCGGUUCUUUCUUCACUUUAACUAACCAUAGCAACCAGCGGGCCAACAUCCUUUACCUCCAGAGUCUUCGCCUCAGCAAGAGGAUCAUCGGCAAGCUGAUGGCCAGCGCCCCGCAGAGCUUCAGUCGACCCGUGGAGCAGAACCAAGAGGUCAUCCACACUCUGAGGGAGACCUACCUGGACCUGGGCGGAGAUGAGGGCAACCUGCGCCUCUGGCUGCAGAAGCUCCUCACCCAGAACCCCAACAUCCUGCUGCGCCCGGCUGAAGCCUGGAGGGACAGUCUGGCCUUCCUGAGGGAGCAGGGCUUCACCACAGAGGAGCUCCUCACCCUCGUCUCAAGCCUCAGGGCCUCCAUAGCAGAGCUGCAGCCAGAGGCCAUGCAGCAGGCACUGGCCUACGUCGAGGGGGCUUUCGCCUGCUCCAAAGAUGAACUCAAACAAAUAGUGAUUCGCUGCCCGGCUAUUUUGUACUUCUCCUUACCCACCCUGAUGGGGCGGUUCCAAGGGUUGAUGGAUGCUGGAGUGAGCAUGGAGCAGGUGAAGGACUCUCCAACUGUCCUGGAACUCACCACGCAGAUCGUGCUUUAUCGCAUCCAGAAGCUGGCCUCCUACGGGUAUGACGUGCGCUCUGGCAGCCUGGACGUCAUCGUGGGAACUAAGAAGGACUUUGAGAUGAGUUAUGGCAAGCUGCACCUGAGGCAGCAGCGGCCGCUCUUCAACCCUGUAGCUCCCCUCAGAUCUGCUGAGGACUGAAUGUCAGAAUUUGUUUGUAUGCCUCAGUAUGCUCUUAUAUAAGGAGCGUUUGUGGGGAAAAAAAAGGUUUUGAGUGUUGUUUGAUGGAGUUUUCAACUUUACUUUCAUGCAAGAUGCAUGAAGAAGAGAAGCAGUUUGAAAUACCAAACCUCUAGCAAUACACUACUUUAUUAUGAAGCUAAGACAUUUCUUCCUGUGGCCUUGAUAUGAUGCUGAGGUGCAGCUGAGGGCUCUUGUGAAUAUGUGACACUGUGACUGUUUUGGAAUCUUUUCCGAAAUAAAGUUCUGUAUUUGAUAUGAGAAUUAUGUUAAGGAAAAUUCCAACAAACACUGUAACAGUGAGAAAUGUGCCAAUCGCCUGUCUGUCUUUGAAUUACAAUUUACAACUGCUGUAACAAAAUGAUUGUCAUCCCUGAACAUUUAAGAUGAGUAAUAUGACACAGUUUCUAAAUUUGCUGGACUUUGUCAAAAAGCUGCUGUUCCUCUCAGUGCAAACUGCCAUUUAAAUGUGUGUCAGAGUAAAACCAGAGCACCUUCUCUGGACUGUUUUCAACACUCCAGCUUCAAAGAACAGACUGAAACCAGUUGCAUAUUUAACCCAGUUUUAAUUAAACAAGCACAUUAAGAAGAAACAAGAACCAAGUGAAGCAGUUCUCUCCAGUGGUACAUUUAUUAGGGGAUUAUACAGGGGGACGGCAUGAUAUGAAGAAUCUGUAUUCCUGUUGCCUUUUUGCAAUAACUUGACAGAUAACGUCAUAUGAUAUUGCCUCUACGGUGGUGCAGAAUACAACGAGUCAACUAGUACUGAGAUAGAGAAAGGAAAUGAUGAAAACACUUCUGUUGAUAAAUACAUUGGAUGGCUCAAAAGGGAGAAAAUUGUGAAGUAGAAUAAAUGAGAGCACAGGCAGCGGUAUUAGAACAGAUACAAGAUCUCUCACCUUUUUUUU